AUGGAAUGUAAUGGAAGGGUUAUCUGUGAAUUCGAACAAGGAUUUCAUUACACGUCACCAUUAUCAGACAAGAAAAUGCUUUUGUUUGAAUUAUAUGAUGUUGAUGAAAAUCGCGAACACCUUCAUGGUUUCAAAAAAUUCCUCACCGGAAAGAGAAAGCAUCAUAGUUCCACCAAGAUGAGGUUGGAAAUAAGCAUUGUAAGUGAUAAUGCAUCUUUACCAACACCAAAUUCAAGUACAGAAGAUGAGAACCCGAUGUUAGUUACGUAUUCUAAAGGAUUGAGCGGAGUAGCAUUACAUCAAGUUCUAGAUACGUGGAAAUCAACCUUCCAUUCGAGUUCAAACCUGGCUCGCGAUUAUGAAUAA